GUUUAUCCUCAGUAUGAAAUCUCAGAAAGUCAUGGCAAAGGUCCUGUUGAUUGGGUUAUAAAGAUAAGGAAUAUCAUUAUCACAAUCACCGAGGCGAAAAAAGAGGACAUCAAUCAAGGAAUUGCACAAAAUGCGAUCCAACUGCAGACAUCCAUCCAGCGUAAUCCUAAAAAACGUAGCUAUGAUACGGCAUGUUUACAUGAAGAUGUAAUGGAAGGUGGAAGUGUUAUUAAGUUCGUUGUCACCCUCUCCAUUACUAAUCAACAAGGCUAUAUUGACCCAUGA